AUGAAAACCGUUUACGGCACAGGGAUUGCAGAGUGUACAGAAGCGUAUUGGAGUUCAAAGGGGCAGGAUGUAAUCGUAGAAGAUUUUGAGUUUGGCACUACGUACAUGUCAGACAAACUGUAUGCAGCAAAAAGGAUAAAAAACGUAUUAAUCCAUACUCUACCACCAGAGGGCAUGGCACCAUUCCCAGUUGAAUCAAAUAUUCUACUUCUAAGACCGACUGAUCCGAUUAUUAAUGCCCUAGAAGAUUCCAGUAGGAUUGAUAAGGUCCCUUUUAUUCGUAUUAAAGAUGUAUACGCAGUGAAUGAUUCCGGCCCAUUAGAAUCCCAAGUACCAGAGAAGAACUAG